CACUAAUUCACCUAAAGAAUGGUUUUUGUUUUUGUUCUUUACAGAAAGAUUAGGUAAAGAAGACAAAGAAAAGUGUGGGCAUAUUGGCAUUGAGGAGUUGCAGAAAGCUUGCAGAAAGCACAAAAGAAAAGUGGAACAAUUGCUAGUGCUUCCUCUCUGUGUGUCCAACACCAUUGCUUGUCUUCUUCUGCUAAGAACAGCCAUUAAAACCAUCAAACAUAAGACUUAGUUUUUAUCACAGACAUGAAACCUUUCCUCAAAAUGUUGUCUUCUGCCAUCUCUGCUGGUUUCUUCACUCUUCUUCUUUUGCCAUUUCCAUUCAUACAAGGACAUGCAGAAAGAGAUAGGAAUCACACAUACAACAAAAACAAACUUCAUCAGGUGAGUCCAAAGCUGCUAUUUGAGAUCAAACUUCAUGGGGUUCUCCUCUGGGCUUCCCUAGGUUUCUUGAUGCCACUUGGCAUUCUGGUGAUAAGAAUGUCUCGCAGAGAGGAACAUGGAAGAAGGGUGAAGAUCAUGUUCUAUACACAUGUUGUCCUAGAGAUACUUGCAGUCCUCCUUGCAACAGCAGGAGCAGCAAUGUCACUGAAACACUUCGACAACUCUUUUAGCAACACUCACCAGCGGUUAGGAUUAGCCCUAUAUAUCAUCGUAUGGCUGCAAACCUUAAUUGGAAUCCUACGGCCACACAGGGGGAGUAAGGCAAGGAGAGUGUGGUUUUUUGCACACUGGUUACUUGGCACUGCACUCUCAUUAUUGGGAGUAAUCAACAUCUACACUGGCCUGCAAGCCUACAACAAGAGAACAUCAAGAAGCACAAACAUUUGGACCAUAAUCUUCAGCACCCAGAUUUCUCUUGUUGUGUUCUUCUAUCUUUUCCAAGAAAAAUGGUACUAUAUAAAGAAUAAAGCAGGCGCCAUUUUGGGCAGCAAUGAAGCAGUACAACCUACGACAGAUCAAGAAACAUUCCCAGUAGUAGCAGAUAAUGAGAAAAAGGCAGAUGUAUUGCCCCAACAGCAGCCAUGCUAAUAAAAUAUUGGUUGGGCAAAAACCUUAGUCAAGAUCUCGUUUUCGACCCUCUCUUCGGUUUACGGUUUACCUCUCUUGUGUAGUGGCUGCGAAUUUGCCCCCAAAAAAAAAAAAAAAAAAAAAUUGUUUUGUACCUGGACUUGUUGGUUUUGGUAAGUAUGUAUGUAGUUAUGCACAUACACAUAUGUAUAUAUGCAGAACGUACACACUUUAUGUAUGCAUAUAUGCACAUGUAUAUGUGACAUAUAUACAAAUUAAAUGUGUAUAGAUGUGAGAUGAGUUGUGUUAUUGUUUUUUGGACUGCUCAUCUAUCUAUUAGAUCUGCCAAUUAAAUUGACUUUUGAUUUGAUACGAAAUAAUUUAGAGUUUGAAUCUUGAUUUUUA